AUGCCUCAAGUGUCUACUAACAUAUCUCAACAAUCUUCACCCACUCACAUGUAUGUCCCAGCUGAAACCAGUGGACCCUCAUCACCAAUGUCUAGGGCAAACGCACCAUUUCAAAUGAUCAACCUGGCAUAUCUGGUUUUGGACGUUUCCCCUUUAUCCACGGUUCAUCCCCCUCCUCAGAAGAAAGCUACACCUUCUGUGUCAAAAAUUGUCAAGACUUCUGAAGAAUCUAGGUUUAAAGGGUAUGAUUUAAGAAACCCUAGUAUGCAUGCUGACGACUCUGAAAAUCCCACGGAAGUAGAAAAAAGUGCAACUGACAAGGAACUUAGGAAGUUUGUUGCAUCUAUUUUAAAGGAAGUAAACUCAGAUGUUUCGCCAGAUGUUCAAACAUAUUUGGAAAAAGAUCUAAGCCUUGACAAUGACUCUAGUGAAAAAGUUGAGGAAAACAUUCCUGAACAUAGACUGCAGAGACGUAAAGGAAAGACUGUUAUUUUUGAAGAUUCUCCCUCCAGGGAAGUGAAGAGAAAAGAUAAUAGUUUGAAAGGUACUCCUUCUAGAAGCUCCACAGGAAAAUCUCAUGUUAGACCCACUAGGUUAUGGAGUAAAGUUGUCACCCCUACUAGAAAGAGGAAAGAUGUCUCUUCUAGUGAAUCCGAGUUCGAUGUUGAACAGGAUGUCCAGGACAUCACCCUUAUAAAAAUAUUUGCUAACAAGAAACCUCAUGAUGCUAGGUCCAAAGCUCCAUUGGGCAAUGCUUCUUUACAUUAUGUGAAGAAUGCAGAAAGGUGGAAGUAUGUCAUUCAGAUGAGGGUAACCCUAGAAAGGGAAUUGGGGAAGGAUGCCCUUAAGUGUAAUAAGGUCAUGGAACUAAUAGAAGGUGUUGGGCUGAUGAAGACUGUCACACACUUUGGACCUUGCUAUGAAAACUUAGUAAAGGAGUUUAUGAUGAUCAUCCCUGAUGGAUGUGAUGAUACAAAGAGUGAUGACUAUGGUAAAGUUUAUGUGAGAGGAAAUGUUGUAACAUUCUCCCCAACUGUGAUCAAUAAAUUUAUAGGAAGAACAGAUGAACCUCAGGUUGAGCUGGAAGUUACUAAUGAUCAGGUGUGUAAAGAGAUCACGACCAAUCAGGUUAGACAUUGGCUAAACAAGGGGAAGUUAUUUGCUGGUAAGCUAAGUGUAAAAUAUGCCAUCCUUCAUAGGAUUGGUACUUCCAAUUGGGUUCCCACUAAUCAUACCUCAACAAUCUUUACUGGUCUUGGUAAAUUUAUUUAUGUUGUUGGUACAAAAAGAGCGUUUGACUUUGGAAAAUACAUCUUUGAACAAGUUUUGAAACAAGCCUUCUCUACUGUUGUAAAAAUGCCCAUAUGUUUUCCAUCCCUCAUUUGUGGAAUCAUCCUAAAUCAACAUCCUAGUAUCUUGCUACCCAUUGACAGUGUGAAGAAAAGGGAUUCUUUUUUAUCACUCCACUACAAACUCUUUGCAGGAACUCAUGUCUCAGAUAUUGUUAUGACAUCCUCUCAGACACCUGGCCCUGCCACAUCCAAGAAGAAUGCCAUUGCUCAGCUGAAGGAAACUUGUAAAGAGAUAGAAUAUUCCAUCAGAUCUAUCACUACAACAAAGAUUAAACUAGAGACAUUGAUGAAGGUUAUGAUGAAAGAGGAGAAGAAGGAAGUUGUAUAG